AUUUUUCCCCUUCAUACUCAUGGUUCACAAUUUGGCCGGUAAUUGCUUACACAUUAAAGAUAGAUAUAUGCUGUCACAGGCUUUUUUGUAGGAAGAUUUAAGAUAAACAUUUCCAUCAUAUAUAUGGAAUUGUUGGUAGUUGGCAGACUUCUUCAUACUAAUUUGAUGCUUAUCAUUAUACUUUAGAUAAUUCACAUUGUAUCUUUAUAAAUUAUAGCCUGUGUUAUUCUGGUGUGUUGUAAGCUACAUUAUUGUACAGUUUCAUAGUAUUAGUAGGACAGACAGUUUGUAAGUUUUUUGUCGUCUUUAGGCACCUAUUCAGUUAUUAUUUUUGUAGACCUGAGAUGUUUAUUUAUCAUCUGGCUUUUCACAUAUCCUCCUGUGCUUCUUAAGCCCUUUACAUUCCUUCCUUCAAACAAAUUUUGUGGUGAAUAUUCAGCAGUACACAGUGGUUUGGCUGUGCUCCUGGCAUUGCUGACAUCCAUGAGUAACAGUAACCACUCACCAUCAGGUUAUAAGAUUCCACAAAUCGAAAAUCUGGGUGCUACGCUCGAUCAAUUUGAUACGAUAGACUUCUCGGACAACGAUAUCAGAAAGCUUGACGGUUUUCCACUGCUAAAAAGGUUGAAAUGUAUUCUGUUGAAUAAUAACAGGAUCGUGAGGAUAGGAGAGAAUUUGGAACAUUAUAUACCAAAUUUAGAGUCUGUGAUUUUAACAAACAACAAUAUCUCAGAACUUGGUGAUUUGGAUCCAUUAAGUACAUUACCAAAGCUGCGAACAUUAUCACUCAUGCAUAAUCCAGUUGCCAACAAAAACCAUUAUAGGGCAUAUGUGGCAUUCAAAAUGCCAGAGCUAAGAUUAUUGGACUUCAGGAAGAUUAAACAAAAAGAGAGAGAUGAAGCUAAUGCAUUGUUCAAGAGUAGAAAAGGGAAAGAAAUACAGAGGGAGAUUGCUAAAAAAGCAAAGACAUUUGUACCUGGUGGAAAUAUGCCUGAUCCUAAAGUUACAAAUCUUACACCUCAAGAAAUCCAUAAGAUCCGAGAAGCAAUCAAGAAUGCAUCAUCCCUACAGGAGGUCGAACGUCUGACAAGAAUGUUGCAGUCUGGUCAGAUUCCAGGGCAAAAACCUUUACAGCCUGUGACACAAACAAAUGGUCAACGCCUUACUAACCGCAGUCCGGAUCGAAGAUGGAACGAAGUUGAAGAUGAAGAUGAGGAAAUGGACACGGAUCAAGCAAACGGACAGUAGUUAAGUCAACAAAAUACAUUCUUUAAAUAUGCGCAUUUCACUAGCUGUAAGAGCAGAUACAUUACUUUGUGAGAAUAAAAAAAAUGAAAGAGUUUUACUAUACUUUUAUAUUUUAAGCUGAAAGGAAACUUGAAACUACCAAACUUGGCUAAGAAGACAGAUACUACACAAGUCUUCAAAAGAACAGAUACAAUACAGUUUCAAUCAUGGCGAAAGUUGAUUAAAGACAUUCAUUCGUUUAUAUUAACUAUGCUACGUUCUUUUUUCAAAUAAAAUUACU